UCUAGUGCUAUCUGCAACGUUAAAAAAAUAACUUGUCAGCAGAAAACAUAUUUUCAAUAAGCAAGAUGCUUGACGUAAUUAUUUUAACUUUAUUCAUUGCUUUGACCACUGGGUGCCCGCCUCCAGAGGACAUACAUCCUUGUACUUGCUCUUGGCCAGCAACUGAAGAUGCUUAUAUCACUUGUUCAAAUCUGGACAACGAGUUAGAUUUAGUGCAAGCUGCCAGUUCCUUAACUAGAAGGAGUUAUGUCUACUCCUUUGUUAUACAGAAUUCCAUCUUUAACUACAUACCUUCUGAUGCCUUCAAGGGCUUGAAGUUCGUCGAAUUAGAGAUCAAAGAUACCUCACUUAUGGCUUUGACUGACACAGAUCUGGCUUUUGAAGGCCUCGAAAAUCAUCUUCAAUUUCUUCUGAUAAAUAACUGUACUAUCAUGAAUGGAUGGGACUGGUCUAUCUUUAGGAAUUUGAAGAAAUUGGUGAGAUUGGAUGUAAUAUACGCUAAUUUAGACAGCAUUGAAGAUUUAGGGCAAAUAGAUAUUUCAAAAAUCAUGGAUAUAAACUUCAGUAAUAACCUGAUAUCUUUUAUUCAUCCAUUUGCAUUUUCCAGUUUCAAAAAGCUGACGCAUUUGUAUCUGAAAGACAACGCCAUUCGUGAAAUGAAGAGAACUAUGUUGCCAAAACCAGCAUUAGAAUUGUUGAACCUCGAUUUCAGUGGUAAUGAAAUUGAACAGUUUCCAACGGACAUGUUCGUCGAAAUGCCUCAGCUCGAGUCCCUUUCAGUAGCGAAUAACAAGCUUCUGGUACUGGAUGAAAAAGUCUUUGCUCCAGUUUGGGAGACACUGCAAGCUUUCUCAGCUAUGAAUAAUGACCUUCGUUGUGACUGUCGUCUGGCCUGGAUCCUGGAGAAGAUAAACCCUAGAACGACUCGAGCUAUCUGCGCUCAACCCCCAGAUCUUAAAGGAAAAUUUAUAACAGAACUCUCCUCUAAAGAUUUGUGGUGCUACAAAUGAAUGCUAAAUUCAUUUCAACCGAUGCUAAGAAGAAUUUUUUAUCCAUAUUAAAGUUAAAAAGCUUUUAUAAUUUGUAAAUAAAUAACUCUUUUGAAUUAGUCUGCUAUAUUAUAUAAAUAAUAGAUGAUUAGAUAUAAAAUAAAUGUAGAAUCCAGCAAGUCGGUAAAAUAAUUUUAAGUAAAUUAUGUGAUUAUAAAAGUAAUAAUUUCUUAGGUGAUCAUAUUUGAAAUUAUUUUUUUAUUCUCUAAUUGUUUCGAAUGACUAUCUUAACAUGCUUAAUGUCAUGAUUCAUGCCUGAUAAUCAGAAUAUCUAUUUAGAAAAAUGAUCUCUUGUUUCCUAUUCCUUAACUGUAGUAAAGAUGGAAGUCAUUUAAUAAAAUUGAUGGACCCGUACAGGUAGGUGUGAAUCUAUGGUGAGUGAAGCGACAAUCAUGUAUUAAGGCCUCCACUGAAUUUCACAUCUUUCUUGGAUGGCGUUGGAUUCCCGGCCGUCCCUUAGGUUGCGAGUUCGAACCCCGCCGGCCGAAGAUGCCCCGCGUACUUGGUGGCUGGCGCGCGUAUAAAUCUGUCAUGGUCACAAAGUCAUCCAUGUCGAGAGUAAUACAACUGGGGGUACUGGAUCAGGGGUGAUCGUUCUCUGAUUCAGCUCUAAAUUACGAUCUGUGGAUGAGUGAAUGAAAUGCGUGAAUGAAGUCCGCCCCGUAAAAAGGGUUGUGACGUGUGUGUAGCUAAAUCGUUCUUUUGGCCCUAGAUGGCGCUACUAUAAAAACAAGAGACACUCCCCCACAGGCUUAAAAUUGCUGUCUUCCUAACAGCGGGCUUUUCAUGGCAAGUACAAUAAGAAACAACACAACAACCACAUCUUUCUAAUGAAUGAUUAUAGCUAUAAAAGCUUCGAGUUAGUGGAACUUUCAUUAUAGGCACAUUGUAUGUAAUAGAUUAACCUAUAUCGCAACUAAUAUGCAACACUUCUAAUGAAUUUGCUUUGCAAUAUAUAGCAUAUCUGCAAUUGCAUUAUACAACAAAUACUUAAUUUUAAAAUUUAACCUUAAUUUUUUUUUACCUUUAUCAGAAAAGGAGCUACUUUAUUUGUAAAUUAUUUGCGCUUGGUAAGAUAAAUCACGUUUUUCGGUAAUUGUACUGAAAAUAAGAUAAAACGCAUUAUUUUCUUAUUAUUGUUUUACGUUCAACAUUCAAAUUUUGUGUUGUCAUCAAAUACAGAUUAAAUAUCAUGUAUAUUUGGUGAGCAAUUCCUCCCAUCGAUUCCCACUUACAUAUCAAGGAAUAUAUCAAUAGUAAACUAAAUAUAUCAAUAGGAAACUAAACAAACAUAUUUAUAAAUGUUGAUUAUUAGGAAACUAUUAGCAAAGAGAUAAUGGUUCACGAAAUUAAGGAUUUUGCAAAAAUUUUUAUCUGUUCAAGAAAUUAUUCCUAAGACAUUUAUCUGAAGUUCCUCUAAAGAGGAUUUUGAAAUGUAUUUUCCAAUGUGAAAACUUUCCAUAUCUAAUUAUUUUAAUAAGAAUAAAUAUAUUUCACAAUUUGUCAAACAUUUAAAGUAUCAAUAU